AACUAAUCCAAUGCGCUUGCACAAAGGCUCUCAGGCAGCUCUGUUACUACUACUGGUGCACGCUGCCAGAAGAGUCGUUGUGGCAGUCAACUUCUCUCAGUGUUUAAGCGACAUCAAAAGCGACAUCAUUUGGAAUUCAAGUGAUACCGUUCCCCUCGGUGAUUUAUUCGACAGUACCGGACCUUACCGGAUUCACACUCCAAAUGCUAGCCUCGAUGGUUUAUUCGACAGUACCGGACAUCCCGUGUUGAAUGUUUGGGAUGCAACAGCGAUCAGCUACUCGUUGUGUAAAUCCAAAUGCGGAACUGGACAAGAAGGUUUUCAGUGGCCUGAAUUUUCGCAAGAAUUCAGUGCAUGGCUGCUGCCAAAUAUCGCACUGAUUUCGCAGCUCCCCUUUGGCGCACAGUACAGGCUUGAUAAUCUCAUGUCUGCUGUGUUAACUGUUGGUUCACCGACACUUGCUGGUUACUCUCUAUUCCUCACCCUCCUCAACUCUCGCUGGAUCACCUACCAGUUCGACUCGCUGAACUAUCAUCCCAAUUCACAUUUUGCGCUCUCCAUCUUGAGCAGCCUUCAGCAAGUCCCUCUCAGACUACAUCCUGAUCACGAACGCUUGCCAUCUCUCAUCCUUCCGGAAAAUCACUGGUGGAAAUGCCUAGCUGAAUUUGUGGACUACACCCAUACGUGGUCAAUCGCGUCCGCAACCUCCAUUGCAUGGGUCAUCGUCGCCUAUAUUUUGACUGUUGCCAACUCACCAUCGAAUGGUCCAGACUUCCAAUCCAAUGGACAGGCCACUGGCUCAUUGUGGUUGUGGUUGAUUCCGAUAGUCAUCGGAUGGCUGCAGCUGUCCCCGAAAUGCGACUUCAGUCGUGUACAAGCUGCGUAUGACCGUGCAGACAGACACAGUAUGCACACAGGAACAGCAGACGUCCGUGUCGGGAUGCUCCCUGGGUCAUCCCGGAGAGCGUUGGCAAUAACUGCUAAAGAGGAUGAUGUGAUGUCUCCAGACGAACUUCUCACCCCCCCGGUGUUUAAUUAUGCUCGUUCGCUGCGAUGGGCAUCUACAGCAGAGACUAUCUUCAUGGUAUUCAAACAGGACUCAGAGGCAUCAGAGAAUGCCUCUAGCCAUCCUCCCGUGUACGGGAGUGAUGGGGACGAAUCUAGCAUUCACAGCCCUACCGAAAACAUCGAGACCGUCCAAUACAUCGACACUACCCAAAGCAUUCACGAUACGAACCGACGCGAAUCUCUCCAACACAUCGCAGUGCCAGUGUAUUGCGCGGAACCUAAUGGGGUGCAGAUUAUACGCAGCCAUUGGGCACCUGGCGUGUUCACAAGAAUGGCUAUCGCUUCCUGCGCUUCGCUGGGAUUACAAUGGGGAACAGUCGGAGCAUCACUUAUGAUGGCGUGGUUCACUCCUACAACAAAAAUUGGGUGUCGAUUUAUGGGCUAUUUCCUUUACGGAGCCAUUUCGACUUUAAUUUGGAUGAUGCUCCUGGUGUCCAGUAUCCUCGCCCAGUAUUCCGCCGCUGACCCCCGCCGAGUAUCGCUGUCCACACGUGUUGCCAUAAAGUCUUCACACGUCCUGCGGUGGACGGGCAAAUUUCUCGCCAUAGUAAACUUCUUCCUGGUGAUCUUGGCGUGCGUAUUCCAGUACUCCAACUUUUACGAUAGGUGUUACUGCAAUUCCAGCGUGUUUAGCAGGGGAGGCGCAGCGGCGUAUGAUGUGAUUAUCGAAACCACAGCCAAUAAGGGUGCCUAUCAGCAUCAGCAUUCCUUGGUAUCCUGAAUCUUUUGUUGGACACUCU